CCGGAAGUUUGGAUUUUGUUGUUACACUGGAAGAAAAUGGCUGCUAUGAGUUUUUUACAUUGAAGGCACUGGAAGAAUCGUUUUGCUCGUUGCUUUGCCUUUCCGCGCUGGGAACAUGCGCCUUGUUUGGGUUUGAAUGGACUGUCAAUGGACGUGCCAGUUUUGGGGUAAGGACAGCAUCGCCUCCUGUCACACACAAACUGGUGGUGGACCACAAUGCAACAAGACCUAGAAUAUGCAUUGGACCGGGCUGAGUACAUUGUUGAAAGUGCUCGUCAGCGACCAGCUAGAAGGAGAGUGUCUUCCAGCGGGAGGAAAUCCUUGUACCAAAAACUUUACGAAUUGUACAUGGAGGAGUGUGAAAAAGAGCCAGAGUUAAAGAACCUUAGACGAAAUGUGAAUCUACUAGAGAAGUUGGUCUCACAGGAGUCACUGUCAUGCCUGGUGGUCAAUCUGUACCCUGGAAAUGAAGGAUACUCCCUCAUGCUCCGAGGCAAAAAUGGAUCUGAUUCAGAGACCAUUCGGCUUCCGUACGAAGAAGCGGAGUUACUUGACUACUUGGAUGCUGAGGAGCUGCCACCUAUUCUUGUGGACCUUUUAGAAAAAUCGCAAGUCAACAUAUUUCACUGUGGCUGUGUCAUCACAGAGGUUCGAGAUUACAGACAGUCAGGGAACACCAAGAUGCCGUCUUAUCAGAGCCGCCAUGUACUGCUGAGACCCACUAUGCAGACCCUGAUCUGUGAUGUCCAUGCCAUGACCAGCGAUCACCACAAGUGGACGCAGGACGAUAAACUGCAGCUGGAGAGCCAGUUGAUCCUGGCCACAGCGGAGCCUCUGUGCCUGGACCCUUCAAUCACUGUCACAUGCACUGCCAACCGGCUGCUAUACAACAAGCAGAAGAUGAACACGCGCGCCAUGAAACGGUAUUUUAAGAGGUACUCACGAGCAGCGCUGAACCGGCAGCAGGAGCUGGCCAACCUUCCCACGCCUCCUCAGCUUCGCCUGCUGGACUACCUGCACAAGAGGAAAGAGAGGAAACCUCUGCCGGUUGUGGACCUUAAGAUCUCUAAGGCUGGGAAUUGUGUAGACAUGUGGAAACAAAAUAGCUGCCAGCUAACUACUCCAGCAGAGAUUGAUGUGGAGAAGUAUGCUGUAGUGGAGAAGUCAAUCAAAUUAGAGGAUUCUCAACCGCCGCAGGUUUGGCCUGCACAGGACAUAAAAGAUGACUACGUGUUUGAGUGUGAAGUGGGUGGCCAGCCUCAGAGGACAAAGGUCACUAUCUUUCAGUCUAUGGGUGACCCGCUGGUAUACGGAAAAAUCUACAGCAGCAGUGACCCAAAAGUAGACGAGGAUGUGUCUGACCUGCACCUCAUUCACCCACCAUUCCUCCUAGGUUCGAAGGUAGACGCUGAUCGGUUUUUGUGUCAGUACAAGGAUGUUUAUGAGACCGAUCUAAAGUGUGAGGUGAAGAUAUUGCACAGCUCCGGCAACAUGGGAGCCCAAAGCCAGCUCUCUCCGACAAGGGAGACAGAGGUGGAUGGUUUCUCAGCAUUGGUCCAGUCCUCAGUGUUGGGAAAGGGAGUUAAGCACAAACCUCCCCCGAUCAAACUGCCCUCUGGUUCCUCCACCAGCUCCUCAGGUAAUCCUUACAGUACACAAGCACCCAGUGGCCAUCUGAAGUGUCCAACCCCUCCACCAAACAAGAGUCAAUCUCUGUCGCGGAAGCACUCCAUCGAGCUGGGCCAGGUGGGCCUGCUGUCUCCCGCUGCUCUCUCUCCCAUGCAAAUAUCUGGAACACCCAAGCCAUCUACACCCACGCCAACCAACACCCCAUGCUCAACACCUCACCCAGUGGACAUUCAGUGUGCCACACCCUCAGUGACACCCACACCCCAGGACCCAGCUAUGCCCCAGCCGCAGACACUACUCGCCCCCUUCUCCCAACAACAAAUGGCGCUGCCUGUCAUGACCAUCCCUCUACCCACCUCCAUCAGCACGGGUACCACUUCCUCGCAGGUCAUGACCAACCCUGCUGGCCUCAACUUCAUCAACGUGGUUGGCUCUGUCUGCAGUCCUCAGACUCUCAUGGCUGGCUCUAAUCCCAUGCUGGGUUGUAGUCCUGGAAUAAACCUUAGUGGAAUUUUGCCUUCAGGAGGCCUGAUGCCCAGUGCACUUCCUGCCAUGCAGUCUGCAGCUUCUGCAGGUGCACCUUUUGGUCUGAACAACACCCAAAACUUGAGGCCACUCAAUCUUCUUCAGAUCCCUGCUACACCAUUGAUCUUUAACCCUUUACAGCAACAGCAGAUCUCUCAGUUCUCUCCCCAACAGCAGAGCAGUCAGUCUGCUACUUCCAGUCCCCAGCAGCAGAACGAUUCGACUGAACAGGGACUGACUGCUGAGCAGGGCCUUGCAGCACAACAGACCGCUGUCAUCAACCUCACCGGGGUGGGGGGAUUCAUGCCUUCGCAGACAGUUCUGUCCCAGCUGGGUUGUGGUCUGGAGGGCUCUGGGUCCAGCCUGCCGUCCCCGAGGCUCCAGCAGCAGCACCAGCCACAGAUCCAAUUGCAAUUCUUGCAACACCAAAUGCAGCAGCAAAUGGCUAUGGCAGCGGGGGCGGGGCCUCAGGCAGCGCUGCCACGGCAACAUUCCGCCAACCAACCAAGAAGUAAGAGGAAGCGCAGCAUGCCCCAGCCCCUCCCCAAAUCAUGACCACUGACCUCGCCCACACACCAGGACACGCACAUCACGAGGAACACACUGUGCUUGGUCAGCCUUUUUUCUCUCCCUCUCUUCCUUGCCCUGACUGUGACAACCAAUAUAAGGUUUCUUUUUAAACUCCUUGAGUUUGUAGCUAUGGACGUAAACACGGAUUUUUUUUUAGAGAUUGGGACAUUUAUUGAAGGUCAUUUUUAAAAGAAAUCUAUGAAAUGAGAAUUCUUCAUGGCAUGCUCCAAUUUCUCUCUUUGUUAUCAUCCUUUUCUAUGGGAGCCCUUUGGCUCGUUGUGAAGAGAAUAAUGGAGCUGUGCCUGAGAAACUCCUGCUGGUCAAUUAGUUUUGCAAAAGAAACUUUUCUGCAGCUGGACAUGGAGCUGGGCCACUGAGUGAUUGGCCUUGUUCUCCCAACAUGCAAUUAUGUGUUCAGUCUUUCUACAGCACAUUUUAAAAUGGCAUUUUGUUGUACUGACGCUGCAGUUUAUGUAUAUUCUUA